AAGAUGGUAUCCAAGGAUGUAAACAAAAGAUGGUAGCCUUUUGCUUCCUGAACACCACGUAGUCUCUACGUCAGUAAAUCCUUAUUUAACGAAGAAAUCAUUUUCUUAUUAUUUGUUGAGAAACAUUGAUUGAAAGAGGCGGCAAGAAAAGCAAAAAAGCUCAGCCAAUCAAAAUGCAUUCUUCUUUAACCAAACUUAUUAUUGGAUGCGCUUUGCUGGCAACGUUGGGUGUCCAAGCGGAAGAGGAAGUAACAAGGACAGAAGAAUUGUCACAUAACGACCAUCUCAAACGCGACUUACCUAAAACUCGAUUAAAUAGUUACUUAAAACAAAUGUCCAAUGAUUAUUUAAAUUUAAUCAAGAACUUUUUACAACGGCGCCAUAAGCCAGUUAAACGCAACCUUCCAUACUUUCUCCAUCGCAAGGAGGCAGGAGUCCCAUAUUUCUGGGAACGAGAAGCUAAAAUACCAUACUUUUUCCAAAAAAGAGGAGCAAGUGCUAAGGAAAAUCUUCCAUACUUUCUCCAUCGCAAGGAGGCAUCAGUACCGUAUUUCUGGCAAAGAGAAGCUAAACUACCAUACUUUUUUCAAAGAAGAGAGUUAAGUGCUAAAGUUCCAUACUUUUGGUCGCGUAAAGAAACAGAAGGCAAGUACCCUUUUGCAUUUGGAGCUAAAAAGGAGUUACCUUUCUUCCAUCGGCGAGAAGCUACCCAUGACCUACCUUUGUUUUGGAAUCGGCGAAACACAGUCGAUAAAACAGAGGAAGACAUCGUAGCAAGAGCUUUACUGGAUGAAGUGAAACAGGAGAAUAAAAGAGAACUGGUGUCAUUGCUCAGUCCCAUGCUUACUAGAAGGGGAUUAAACGUUGUCCGCCAAACACCAAUGAUUACGAAAAAUUCACCAAUGUUAUCAAAGCGGUCACCAAUGCUAUCAAAAAGAGCUCCCAUGAUAUCACGAGAAGCACCCAUGAUUUCCAAGAAGUCUCCCAUGCUGACAAAGGAAUCGUCCAUGUAAACAUGUUAUAAUACCUAAACAGUAACAGUAUUUAUAGGUACAAGAAUAUGGAACGCUAACUUUGAGUCUAGCACCAUAGCAUAUUUGUAAGUUUUAUUUUUCAGAAUACUCAGCAUCAGUUUGUAUGCCAUUGUAUUGAAUAUUUCAAAGAAAGAAGGUACAAAACAAAAUGCUUUAA